GCAAUUUGUUGAGCGAUACGAAUAACAUUUUAAUUGUCAAACAUUGUGAAUUGUCAUGAAAACUUAAGAGGAAGCAGUACUUUUUGUUUCUUUUUGCUACGUAGCGCAUAGGAGUUGCGGGUGUGAAAUUAUUUGGUUAAAAUAUAGAUUUGUUAGGCAUUUUUGAAGAACAAAUAAGCAUGAAUUCGCCCCCAGUAUUUAUUGACUUAUCUUUGGAUGAACAGGUGCAAGAGCUUAGAAAGUUUUUCAAAAAAUUAGGAGCCGAGAUUUCUUCAGAAAAAUCCAACAAAGGCGUUGAAGAUGAUUUGCACAAAAUCAUUGGUGUUUGCGAUGUUUGCUUCAAAGACGGUGAACCCUCACAGAUUGAUGGCAUCCUCAACAGCAUUGUUUCCAUUAUGAUUACAAUACCACUUGAUCGCGGCGAAAACAUUGUUUUGGCGUAUUGCGAAAAAAUGACUAAGGCACCAAAUGUGCCUCUGGCUAAAGUUUGUUUGGAGUCAUUGUGGCGUUUGUUCAACAACUUGGAUACUGCAUCUCCUUUGCGCUAUCAUGUUUACUAUCAUCUUGUACAGGUUGCCAAACAAAGUGAUCAAGUUUUAGAAGUCUUUACCGGUGUUGAUCAGCUGAAAUCGCAAUUUGCCAACUGCCCACCUUCCAGUGAGCAAAUGCAAAAAUUAUACCGAUUGUUACAUGAUGUAACAAAAGACACCAAUUUAGAGUUGUCGGCUAAGGUGAUGAUUGAAUUGCUGGGCACAUACACAGCUGAUAAUGCUUGUGUUGCACGUGAAGAUGCCAUGAAGUGUAUAGUAACAGCACUAGCUGAUCCCAACACCUUUCUGCUGGAUCCGUUACUAGCGCUUAAGCCCGUGCGAUUCUUGGAGGGCGAUUUGAUUCAUGAUUUGUUGUCAAUAUUUGUAUCGGACAAACUACCAUCAUACAUUCAGUUCUAUGAAGAUCACAAAGAAUUCGUUACUUCCCAAGGUUUAAAUCACGAACAAAAUAUGAAGAAAAUGCGUUUACUGACUUUCAUGCAACUGGCGGAGAGUAAUCCAGAAAUGUCAUUUGAAACACUUACAAAAGAAUUGCAAAUUGCUGAGGAUGAGGUGGAGCCGUUCGUCAUAGAGGUGUUGAAAACUAAACUGGUUCGUGCCCGCCUGGACCAGGCCAAUCGCAAAGUACACAUUUCAUCAACUAUGCAUCGCACAUUUGGCGCUUCCCAAUGGCAACAGUUGCGUGAUCUUUUAUACGCAUGGAAGGAGAAUUUGAGUACUGUGCGUGAAGGUUUGGUAAGUGUUUCUGCCGCACAGAUCGAGUUGGCCCGUAGUCAAAAAUUGGUACAUUAACCAAUCAACAACAAAUAGCAGCAGAUGAGAUAACUUUGGUCUUUUAUAUUUAACAAUGAUAUAAAUAAAUUUAAUUCGAAGUAAGAAAAACAAAA